UAUCAGGUGCUUACCGCUUAGAUAUAAAUAAAAAUUAAUGACUGAGCAAUCUGACUUCUAGAAUGGUAAUAACAUAGUGUGAUUGAGUAAGAGUUGUAUUGUACUGCAGUCUCCAAAAUGAUUGGCUUAAGAAUAUUACGCAGCACUAGCUCUUUGAUACCUGAAUUUCAGACUAAGUGUUGGGUUCGUUUAUUUUCCGAGAAAAGAAAGAUUAUAAAAAUAUGUGUUAUUGGUAGUGGACCAGCUGGCUUUUACACAGCUCAACAACUAUUAAAGGACUCCAAUGUAGAAGUGGAUAUCUAUGAAAAGUUGCCAGUUCCAUUUGGAUUGGUGAGGUUUGGAGUGGCUCCAGAUCAUCCAGAAGUGAAAAAUGUCAUCAGUACUUUUACAAAUACUGCAUCUAACAGUCGAUGUAAGUUCUAUGGAAACGUUAACGUUGGUGAAGAUGUGACAUUAAAAGAACUUCAGGAAGCAUAUCACAUGGUCGUUUUGAGUUAUGGUGCUGAAGAAGACCGUUCAUUAGGUAUACCAGGUGAGAAUCUUUCUAAUGUAUUCUCUGCACGGAAGUUUGUUGGAUGGUACAACGGUUUACCAGCAGAUAUGUACACCUCUCCAAACCUAGAUGUUGAAACGGCAAUGAUUGUAGGACAUGGCAAUGUUGCUUUAGAUGUUGCACGAAUUCUGCUGACACCAAUAAAUGUUCUUCAGAGAAUAAUAGAAAUGGAAGCUAAAAGAGAGGUAAAAGCUAAAUUCCAGAAAUUGAGAAAGAAAAAAUUUCUUAAUGAGGAAGAGAUGCAGUUUUUACUGAAUGUGUCUUUCUCUUCUGAUGAACGAGGCAGUCUGUUGGGGGAAUCGGCAGUUGAGGAAGCUGAUGCUUCUGUUGCAAUGCUACUGACAGAAUCAAUUUACAAGAUUAUCAUGUGUCUAGCUUAUAUUUUUGAUAUCUGUAUCAAGUACGGUUUUUCUUCCAAUUCUUUUGCAGCUUUUCCUCGGCCUCGAAAACGUUUAACAGAACUAAUGAUUAAAACUGCAUUGGUACAACCAACUGACGAUGAGAUUGUCCAGCGAAAGGAAGCUACCAAAGAAUGGAUGCUCAAGUUUUGCAGAAGUCCUCUUGAAAUCCUUCCGGGUAGUGAUAACAACAGUGUAGGAAAAGUGGUCCUUGGAAUUAACAUGUUAGAGCAUACUGGAGAGAAUGUUAAAGCUGUACUGACUGAUGAAACAGAGAAUGUAGAAUGUGGCUUGGUAAGGCUUAGCUGUAGACUUUACUGUUCAGGUUGGGUGAAGACUGGUCCUGUUGGAGUUCUAGUAAGUACUAUGAACAGUAGCUUUGAGACUGGAAAGCUGAUGUUAGAAGACUUAAAGAAGGAUCUUUCUUCCAUGAAUCCUAUCCCUGGUGACUCACUAAUCCUUGACAAAUUAAAAGCUAAAGGAAUAAGACCAGUUACAUUUCAAGACUGGCUGAAGAUUGAUAAACAGGAACAAGAGCAGGGAAGCAGGGCAGGAAAGCCUCGGGAAAAAAUCACCAGUACCAAAGAGAUGUUGGAAGUUUUAGACAGAUGCUGAAGGCAUUAAGCAUUUUAUAGGAAAUAUUUGAUG